CAGGGUACAAAGCAAAACCGCCAAAUCUGAAAUGACCCUAGAGCCUCAAACACACUUAUAAUGAAGUCCUCAACAAAUCUACACAGCUCCCCCGAUCACUGAAAAUGGAAAACCCAGACACUACAAAACCCACAAGAUCACCACCACCACCUCCGCCGCCACAACAACAACAACCAGACCCCAAAAAGCUCAAAAUGUCCACCACCACCACCGACGACGAAGAACCCGCCGCCCAAAUCACCCAAAAGCAACGCCUCAAACGCCGCAAGGUCGCCAUCUUCUUCGCCUACUGCGGCGUCGGGUACCAAGGAAUGCAAAAGAACCCGGGCGCCAAAACCAUCGAAGGCGACCUCGAAGAAGCCCUCUACCACUCCGGCGCCGUCCCCGAUCACGACCGCAACAACCCCAAACGAUACGACUGGGCCCGCUCGGCCCGUACCGACAAGGGCGUCAGCGCCGUGGGCCAGGUCGUGUCGGGCCGGUUCUACGUCGACCCGCCAGGCUUCGUCGACCGCCUCAACUCCAACCUCUCCCCGCAAAUCCGGAUUUUUGGGUACAAGCGCGUAACGGCGUCGUUUAAUGCGAAAAAGUUUUGUGAUAAGAGGAGGUACGUUUAUCUCAUACCCGUGUUUGCUCUUGAUCCAAGUGCCCAUAGGGAUAGGGAGAGUGUGAAGGCUAGUUUGGGGUCUGAUGAGGAGUUUGUGAAGUGCUUAGAAUGCUCUGAUCGGGGCCGAAAAGUCGGUGGUUUGAUGGGUAAACGCACUUAUCAAUUGACAGGUGAUACUCCAAGUUCGGAAUCUUUAACCGAAAUUAAUGGAGAUAAUUUACUAGCUGCCGAUGCUGAUACUGAAAUGGUUGCUGAGGACAAUGACAUUGGAGGAGAGGAGAAGGCUGUGAAGGGGAGUGGGUUUUGUUAUGGUGAGAAGGAGAAGGAGAGGUUUAAUAGAAUCUUGAGUUGUUACCAGGGUACUCAUAACUUUCAUAAUUUCACCACGAGAACUAAAGCAGAAGACCCUGCUGCUAUUAGAUACAUUAUUUCGUUCUGUGCGAAUACCACGGUUGUGGUUGAGGGUAUUGAGUUUGUCAAGUGUGAAGUUGUGGGGCAGAGCUUCAUGCUUCAUCAGAUUAGGAAGCUGAUUGGGCUGGCGGUGGCGAUCAUGAGGAAUUGUGCUCCUGAGUCUUUGUUAGAAAGAGCUUUGCAAAAGGAUGUUAAUGUUAAUGUGCCAACAGCCCCUGAGGUUGGUUUGUACUUGGACGAGUGCUUCUUCACCUCAUAUAACCAGAAAUGGGGAGACACUCAUGAGGAAGUGUCGAUGAAAGAUUAUGAAACAGAGGCAGAAGCUUUCAAAAUGAAGCAUAUUUACACUCAUAUUGGAGCUACUGAGCAUAAGGAAGGUGUGGUGGGUCUCUGGUUGCACUCUCUAAACCACCGCAAUUAUCCAGAUUUAGGUGCUGACAACAUUGGAGACACCAGCAAUGCGAAGACUGCCGAGACCUCCAAUACUGACAACAAUGGAGGGACCAGCAACUGUGAAACUGCUGAUAUUAGUGCCGAGAACACUGGAGAUACCAGCGACGGAAAGACUGCUGAUGUCUCAUUUGCUGACAACAAUGGAGACUCCAGCAACUGUAAAACUGUUGAUAUCAAUGCUUACCAUACUGGAGAUACCAUCAAUGGAAACACUGCCGAUAUUGCCACUGCUGACAACAAUGGAGUCGCCAGCAAGGAUAAGUCCGCCGAUACCGCCAGUGCUAACAACAAUGGAGACAUCAGCCAGGCCAAUAUCACCAAUGCCACCCAGUAACUUUCAGAGACGAUCAAAUUACUUACAUGUACGCAUUUUUAUUUCUUUUCAGUAUUUACAACCGACUGUUAGCCACCUCAACUAUUUACAUUAUGUUUUAGGAGCAAACGUCUCCCAUAUUUCUUCACAAUUUAGUAGUUUCUGUGAAGCUGCAAUGUGAUUCUUUUUAUGUAUCAGUACAUCUGCAUACACAUGGAAUUUGAGAGCUUUAUGGCUGAUGUCUGUAAACAAUUGUCCUACAGCCCAAAAUAUAAAAGCCCAGUUUCAUUUCCUAUA